AUGAUUGGUGCCCUGGUUGCUGCUCCUAUUGCGGACCGCAUGGGCCGCAAGCUCUCCAUCUGUCUCUGGUCUAUCAUUCACAUUGUCGGUAUCAUCAUUCAGAUUGCCACCGACUCCAACUGGGUUCAGGUCGCUAUGGGUCGUUGGGUUGCCGGUCUGGGUGUUGGUGCCCUCUCCAGCAUUGUCCCCAUGUACCAGAGUGAAUCUGCUCCCCGUCAGGUCCGUGGUGCCAUGGUCAGUGCCUUCCAGCUGUUCGUCGCCUUCGGUAUCUUCAUCUCCUACAUCAUCAACUUUGGUACCGAGAGAAUCCAGUCGACUGCUUCCUGGCGUAUCACCAUGGGCAUUGGCUUUGCCUGGCCCUUGAUUCUGGCCGUCGGCUCUCUCUUCCUGCCCGAGUCUCCUCGUUUCGCCUACCGCCAUGGCCGUAUCGAUGAGGCCCGUGAGGUUAUGUGCAAGCUCUACGGUGUCGGCCCCAACCACCGCUGCAUUGCCCAGGAGAUGAAGGACAUGAAGGACAAGCUCGACGAGGAGAAGGCCGCUGGCCAGGCUGCCUGGCACGAGCUGUUCACCGGCCCUCGCAUGUUCUAUCGUACCCUGCUCGGUAUUGCUCUGCAGUCCCUCCAGCAGCUGACCGGUGCCAAUUUCAUCUUCUACUACGGUAACAGUAUCUUCACCUCCACUGGUCUGAGCAACAGCUACGUCACUCAGAUCAUUUUGGGUGCUGUCAACUUCGGUAUGACCCUGCCCGGUCUGUACGUCGUCGAGCACUUUGGUCGUCGUAACAGUCUGAUGGUCGGUGCCGCCUGGAUGUUCAUCUGUUUCAUGAUCUGGGCUUCCGUUGGUCACUUCGCUCUGGAUCUCGCCGACCCUCAGGCCACUCCUGCCGCUGGUAAGGCCAUGAUCAUCUUCACCUGCUUCUUCAUCGUUGGUUUCGCCACCACCUGGGGUCCUAUUGUCUGGGCCAUCUGUGGUGAGAUGUACCCCGCCCGCUACCGUGCUCUCUGCAUUGGAAUUGCCACCGCUGCCAACUGGACCUGGAACUUCCUCAUCUCCUUCUUCACCCCCUUCAUCUCUAGCUCCAUUGACUUCGCCUACGGCUACGUCUUUGCUGGAUGCUGUUUCGCCGCCAUCUUCGUUGUCUUCUUCUUUGUCAACGAGACCCAGGGUCGCACUCUCGAGGAGGUCGACACCAUGUACGUGCUCCACGUCAAGCCCUGGCAGAGUGCCAGCUGGGUUCCCCCGGAGGGUAUUGUCCAGGACAUGCACCGUCCCCCUUCCUCUUCCAAGCAGGAGGGUCAGGCUGAGAUGGCUGAGCACACUGAGCCCACUGAGCUCCGCGAGUAA